AUGCCAGGGGCUCCCAACAGCCCCCAGAGGGGCCACGGGGGGCCCCCACAGCGCCGCAGCCUCAGCCUCACGCCCAGGGCCAGGGGCCCCCGACAAAACCUGCCGCUAGCUCAGGCCUUUCUGAGCCUGCAUGCAACUGACAGCAAGCUGCCAGGGGACCCGGACUCUGCUGCUGCUGCUGCAGCAGCAGCAGCAGCAGGAGGGCGCGCCCGCAGCACGACCAGCUCCUUGGAAACGUCUUCAUCCUGCUGCCCUGUGGCCAGAACGGACAACUCACAGAUGCCCUUUGCUGCUGCUGCUGCUGCUGCAGCUCCGGCUGCUGCUGCUGAGGCUGCUGCAGAUGGGGUCCCCAUGGAGCUGGAGCGCAGAGAAAGAGGAGACACAGCAGCAGCCCGCAGCAGCUGCCGCUGCAGCCAAGCCUCAAGGCUGGUGAGGUUUGUGCGCAAGGGACGCUUGCGCGCACACUCGCAGCUGCAGCAGCAGCAGCAGCAGCAGCAUUGGCUGCAGGACAUGAUGCUGCAGCAGCUGCAGUGCGGCCAUUCAAAAGGAGCAGUGUCGCCCCCGCCUCAGCAGCUGCUGGACUCUGUGCGCAGGAAGCAGCAGCAGCUGCUGUUGCCCACGUUUCCCCUCAAAGGUGUUCGCGUGGGUUUGCUGCUGCAGCGGCUGCUGCUCCUGCUGCUGCGUCCCCGGGGGAGGGGUUUCGCUGCAGUGAUAGAUAACGGGCUAUAUGUCAGCCGCAAGCAGCAGCUGCUGCUUGCUGCUGUUGCUGCAGCGCCCCACAUAGCCAAGCUUCUCUUGAUCCUGCGCCCCUUCCUGCUGCUGCUGCUGCCGCAGCAGCAGCAGCAGCAAGACCCGCAGCCCGCAGGCAGCGCUGCAGCCUACAAGCAGCACAUAGAAGUAGUGCUGGGGGAAGGCAGCGUGCUGCUGCUGGUGCUGCUGUCGCUGCAGGCCUUGGGCCAAGCUGUUCUUUUCUUUUGGAUGAAAGUUCCCUUUCUGGACUUUUUUUUUGUUGCUGUUGGUGGCUGCCUGCGGCUGGCUUCGCUGCAUGCGCUGCUGCUGACCCUGGAGGCCCUCCCGGGGGGCUCCCAAGGGGGCUUGGCCUUUGUCAGGGCCCACGCGGGGGCCCCCGGGGGCCUCCACAGUCUCUUGGGGCCCCACGUCGCUGCUGUGGCGCUGCGGCUCUUGCUUUGCCUGCCCCCUCUUUUGUCGCUGCUGCAGCUGCUGCUGCCCACCUGCAGUCUGCUCUGCCUCAGGAGCAGCACAUCCUGCUCUUGCCGCAAACGGGCCAAGGCUGCAGCACGGCAGCAGCAGCAGCAGCAGCAAGCAGGAAAAGAUCUUGCUCCUCUGGAGAUGCCUGCGGGAGCAGACGAUCCCGCGGUUCCUGCGGGAACAGCUGCAGCGUUGCUGCUGCUGCUCUGCAGCAACAUGGGGGCCCCCCUGUCACUUCAUACCCUGCUGAUAGGGGGCCCCCUGCUGCGCAGCGUGAGGCUGUGCGACCAGCUGCUGCAGCAGCACUUUGACGCUGCGCUGCUGCUGCUGUGCUCCCGCGGAGUCACUGCCAGUUGGGCCCCUGACCGUUUGCUGCUGGCCAUUCACCUCUGCUACUUUUUCUUCUGCUGCUGCUACUUGCUGCUGUCUUGCAGUGUGCGGCUGCUGCAGCUGCGGAAGCGGGAGCUGCUGCUGCAGCUCCAGCUGCUGAUGGAGCCGCAGAAGACCCGCCCAAAGCACACCAGAGACGCAGCAGCAGCUGCAGCACCUGCUGCUGCAUUAAGGGCUAGAGCAGCAGCAGGGCCAGAAGACAAUGAGGAGUCACUCCACAGUCGCCGGGAGCGGGCAGCAAAUGCAAAUGCUGCAGCAGCAGCAGCAGCUGCUGCUGCUACUAAUUCUUCCCCCUAUGUCCUCCUCUCCGACGUCUCGAAGCACCUGGAGACCGAGGGAUUCUUUUCGUCUCCCGGAACUAUUUGGCCCCCCUGCUGA